CGAACAUCGUUUUCUCCGCCCCCUUCCUUUAUUACUUCCAAAUUCUCCUCCAACUCAACUUCAAUCUCUCCGCCAUUGUUCUUCGCCAUCAACGGCGGCGCUGCGCUUCUAGUUGAACUCACAUCAAUUCAAUCACUCACCAAUGGCGCAGGCACUCAAUUUCUCCAUUUCCACCCCCUAUUCCUCAAAACCCCUAAUCUCUCACCGUUCUCACUCCAUUUCCCGCUUUACCCUCCUCAAAAACCCUAGCAAAGCCUCGCUCUCCAUCAAAGCGUCCGCAUCCGACAACGGCGCCGGCACCACCGUGCAGGACACCGCCUCCUUCUUCGCCGCGGCCGUCGAUUCAGCUGGCUCGAUCGAGGUCGAUGCAGUCACGGAGGCGGAGCUCAAGGAGAACGGAUUCCGGAGCACGCGCCGCACCAAGCUCAUCUGCACGAUCGGCCCCGCCACGUGCAAGCCGGAGCAGCUGGAGGCGCUGGCCGUCGGGGGGAUGAAUGUCGCCAGGCUUAACAUGUGCCACGGCACCAGGGAGUGGCAUCGGGAGGUGAUUCAGCGUCUGAGGAGGUUGAAUGAGGAGAAGGGGUAUGCCGUUGCCAUUAUGAUGGAUACUGAGGGGAGUGAGAUUCACAUGGGGGAUCUUGGCGGCGCUCCGUCGGCCAAAGCUGAGGAUGGUGAAAUAUGGACUUUCAGUGUUCGAGAGUUUGAUUCUGGUCUCCCUGAACACACAAUUAUUGUGAACUAUGGUGGCUUUGCUGAAGAUAUAAAAGUAGGUGAUGAACUUCUAGUUGAUGGUGGAAUGGUGAGAUUUGAAGUGAUUGAGAAAAUUGGUCCAGAUGUCAAGUGUCGCUGUACGGAUCCUGGACUUUUGCUACCUCGGGCUAAUCUUACAUUCUGGAGAGAUGGGAGCUUAGUGCGUGAACGUAAUGCAAUGCUUCCCACAAUAUCCUCAAAGGAUUGGCUGGACAUUGAUUUUGGGAUUGCUGAGGGGGUUGAUUUUAUCGCUAUAUCAUUUGUUAAGUCUGCGGAAGUUAUAAAGCAUCUCAGGAGCUAUAUCCAGGCACGGGCUCGUGAUAGUGACAUUUCUGUGAUUGCAAAAAUAGAAAGUAUUGACUCAUUGAAGAACUUGGAGGAGAUCAUUAUAGCAUCAGAUGGAGCUAUGGUGGCAAGAGGAGAUCUCGGUGCACAGAUCCCAUUGGAACAGGUCCCAUCAGAGCAACAAAAGAUUGUACAGCUCUGCAGGCAGUUAAACAAGCCAGUUAUUGUUGCCAGCCAGUUGCUUGAAUCGAUGAUAGAAUACCCAACACCAACAAGAGCUGAGGUAGCUGACGUUUCUGAAGCAGUUCGCCAGCGAUCAGAUGCCUUAAUGCUUUCUGGUGAGUCUGCCAUGGGCCAGUUCCCUGACAAAGCAUUGACUGUUCUCAGAAGUGUUAGUCUAAGAAUAGAGAAAUGGUGGAGAGACGAGAAACGCCAUGAAGCUAUGGAACUCCCUGAAAUCACAUCCUCUUUUGGAGACAGAAUUUCAGAAGAGAUUUGCAACUCUACUGCUAAGAUGGCCAACAAUCUGGGUGUGGACGCUAUUUUUGUUUACACUAAAACAGGUCACAUGGCAUCUCUCCUAUCACGCUGCCGCCCUGACUGCCCCAUUUUCGCAUUUACUACAACGACAUCUGUACGCAGACGCCUGAACCUGCAAUGGGGUCUAAUACCUUUCCGCUUGAGCUUUUCUGAUGAUAUGGACAGCAACCUCAACAAGACUUUCUUUUUGCUAAAAUCCCGGGGAAUGAUAAAGUCAGGAGACCUGGUUAUUGCUGUCUCUGACAUGUUGCAAUCUAUUCAAGUUAUGAAUGUCCCAUAAAAAAUCCCAUUUCCAUGGAGGGAUGGCUCAGUUCACCAUGAUCAUUUUCACAUCUUUACUGGUGUUUGUGGCAUUAGCAUUUACUAGACUUCGACUGAUGAUGCUGAAGAAUGAGACGUGUGUUUGCUGGAUGCUUGUCAGCCAAGAGGCAACUUAGCCUCGAAGGAGAGCUUUUCUUUCUAGAAUAUAGAGUGAUGCUAGGCUCUUGUAUUUUCUGUUUGUUUACAUUGUGCUGAAGGAUUAUUAACAACUGGGGUGUAUGUUACUAGACUUUUUUAUUCGAAGCUUUGUUUUGUGCUA